GGAAACGUAUGCUGCAAAGGUACAGACACUUUCGUGCUUAUAAUAAUUGCUCUGCACGGUGGGGAAUCCUGCGAAAGUCGAGAAGUACGGCAAUUGGUCCGCUAUAUACAGCAUCUCUCUAUAUUCUGCCGGAAAAUCUGUUGUGAAGGUGAAGAGAGGCAUCUGGCGCGUGGGAAGCAUCGAUUUAUAACUUCUGAUCACGAGCCGGUUCAUGGAAAAACGGGUGCCUGACUGCCCGUAUAACCGUAAUGAACAGCUCCAACUCAAAACUCACGUUCAACUUUUGCCAUAAAUGGGAACGUAGCCAAGUCAAACGGAGGACAGCGCAUCCUUCUCCGAAUAGAAAUAUCACUGAUGGGGCGAUUUCAAGCCAACGACUUGUGACUUACGUUGAUAGACCUGGAAAACAACUGUGGAGGAGAAGCCGAGUAUGAAGAUGUAUUUUCCUAACGUGGACUACAGGCACCUUGGUAUAGUUUGCUUGCAUCAUAGACAUGUGUUGCAGUGCGCAAGAGUAGAGAGGAAGGUUAUUUCGGAGUGCUGGUGCAUUUGAUGCCCAAGUGCCUCUAUAGGAACCACCUGUAACUUUUACAAAAUGGAUACCUGUCGUUUUUAUCGAUGUGAAACAAAUGUUUUAGAAGAGCAUGAUAACUUUUUAGGGGGCUAACAAUAAGUUGGAAUUUAGCCUAAAAUAUGAACUAUUUUCGAUAUUAAACGUUUGCAUCAUUUAUGUCAAUCUAGAGAAAAUAAAUCUAGCUUAUCGAAAGAGAGCUACUAAGUUUAUUUUAUACAAGAUUUUCCCUCCCUGGGUUGAAGAAAUCUCGUUGGCUCAUAUGGGACUGAGGCACUCGCGUUGCCUGCUCCUACGGAGAAAAAUGGCGGAGCCGGACAAUUCUGAGCGGCAGUGUACCAUCACUACCCCCCAGUCGCAGUCCUUUCAGCCUGCCUCCUUGCCCAAACCUGUGCCAACUGUCCACCAUGUGCCACACCCUCCACAUACGCCCCAUGUAGCGGCCCUUCCCACCUGCCCCGGGCGCGGCAAGAUUGCAAAGCUGCUCAACCCGGAGGAAAUGACAUCACAGGACUACUACUUUGACUCCUACGCCCACUUUGGCAUUCAUGAGGAGAUGCUGAAGGAUGAAGUACGGACCCUGACCUAUAGGAAUGCCAUGUACCACAACAAGCACAUGUUCAAGGACAAGAUAGUUCUGGACGUGGGCAGUGGGACAGGCAUCCUGUCCAUGUUCGCUGCCAACGCGGGCGCCAGGCACGUGUAUGGGAUUGAGUGUUCAAGUAUAUCAGAGUAUUCUGAGAAGAUCAUCAAGUCCAACCACCUACACAAUGUCAUCACUAUCUUCAAUGGGAAGGUGGAGGAGGUGGAACUGCCAGUGGAGAAAGUAGACAUCAUCAUCUCAGAGUGGAUGGGCUACUGUCUCUUCUACGAGUCUAUGCUCAAUACGGUCAUCUUCGCCAGGGACAAAUGGCUAAAGCCUGGAGGGCUGAUGUUUCCUGACAGGGCUGCUCUGUAUGUUGUGGCCAUCGAGGACAGGCAGUACAAGGACUUCAAGAUACACUGGUGGGAGAACGUGUACGGUUUUGACAUGACCUGCAUCCGUAACGUGGCCAUGAGAGAGCCCCUGGUGGACGUGGUGGACCCCAAACAGGUGGUGACCAACUCCUGCCUAGUCAAGGAAGUGGACAUCUACACGGUGAAGCCUGAGGACCUGUCUUUCACCACGGCCUUCUGCCUGCAGAUCCAGAGGAACGACUAUGUCCACGCCAUGGUCACCUACUUCAACAUCGAGUUCACCAAGUGUCAUAAGAAGACUGGCUUCUCUACCGCUCCUGACGCCGCCAGUACCCACUGGAAGCAGACAGUGUUUUACCUGGAGGACUACCUGACUGUGAGGAAGGGAGAGGAGAUCCUGGGCAGCAUCGCAGUCAAGCCCAAUGAUAAGAAUGUG